UCUUCUCCGCAAAAGAAGAGUUGUAGUUCCGCAUGCUUUCACGUGUUUGCGCACACGACGCUCUUGAUUCCUUCUUGUUGCUGUUUUAAAAGCGUUUCACUUUGACAGAUGAUAGAAAUACGACUUCGACAUAAUCUGUAGGCAUGGCGCUUCUGGUGGAUCGCGUUACGGGUCAGUUUGAUGACGCAGAAGAGGAGCAGAGCGAGACGAACGAACACAGUAAAAUCUCUAAGCAGACCCAGGUUUGUGAUGACCAGUUGGAUUCUGAUGCUGAAGAUGAGGAUGAUGAUGAUGAAGUUGAGGCUUAUGAGUGGACGUGGACUUCAGAUCAUCCUAUGACUGGACCCAACUCUCAGGUAAACCGAAGGGUGUUUAAUGGUAAAACUUCAAGUUCAACACCUGCAGACAAGGUUCUUAGAAAGUAUGAGAAUAAAAUUAACCUUGGUAAACUCAACCUGUCUGACUCCGUCAUCAAUAGAGUUACUUUGAUUCAGAGGCAGAAGGACAAUGACACGUUCAGAGUAAAAGACAAGUCCGACCGGGCAACAGUAGAACAAGUCUUGGAUCCUAGAACAAGAAUGAUUCUGUUUAAAAUGUUGAGUCGGGGAAUCAUCUCAGAAAUUAAUGGAUGCAUCAGCACUGGCAAAGAGGUAUUGCUGAUUGGCAUCAAAAUAGCAGUUUCACAAUUUGUUUUUUUUACCCCAUACAAUCCAGGCAAUGUAUAUCAUGCCAUAACUUCAGAAGGCAAGAGCAGAGCCAUAAAGAUCUACAAGACAUCCAUCUUGCAGUUCAAAGACCGGGACAAGUAUGUUUCUGGGGAGUUCAGGUUCCGCCAUGGCUACUGUAAAGGAAACCCUCGAAAGAUGGUACGGACAUGGGCUGAGAAAGAGAUGAGGAACUUGCUCAGAUUACAGAUGGCUGGUGUUUUGAGUCCAGAACCACUGCUGCUAAGGAGCCAUGUCCUGCUUAUGGGCUUCAUUGGAAAAGAUAACAUCCCAGCUCCUCUGUUGAAGAAUGCAGCUCUUAGUGAAUCUAAGGCUCGGGAGUUGUACCUUCAGGUGGUUCUGCAUAUGAGAAAAAUGUACCAAGAUGCAAGAUUAGUUCAUGCUGACCUCAGCGAGUUCAACAUGUUGUUUCAUGAUGGAGACGUGUACAUCAUUGAUGUGUCUCAGUCAGUAGAACAUGACCAUCCACAUGCACUGGAAUUCCUCCGCAAAGACUGCACAAAUGUCAAUGAUUUCUUUGCAAAGCGGGCUGUAGCUGUGAUGACAAUCAGAGAACUGUUUGACUUUAUUACCGAUCUGUCUAUUAAUGAAGCCAAUAUACAGGCCUACCUGGACAAGGCUAUUACUUUGGCCUCAGAGCGGACUGCAGAACAACGGUCAGCUCAGGACUGCAUAGACGAAGAGGUAUUUAAGCAGGUAUACAUCCCCAGGACUUUGACUCAAGUAAAGGACUAUGAGAGGCAUGUAGAGCAAAUCCAAGCUCUGCCCACAGCUGCAGGACAAAAUGACAAUGUCCUGUACCAGACGCUGACGGGACUGAACAAGGACCUCACAGGAGUGCAGACUAUCCCGGCUUUACUGGAGAAUCUUGAGUUGGAUGUAGAGCAGGACACAUCUUCUUCUGGAGAAGAGGAGAAAGUGGACAAGGCGGAAGAGACACUAGACAGAAAGGAGGUGAAAAGGCGAGUGAAAGAAGCACAAAGGGAAAAGAGAAAAACAAAAAUUCCUAAGCACAUCAAAAAGAGAAAACAUAAAGUGUCUCGCAAUAAUCUCAAGAACUAAUGCUCGUCCUGAGAUGUAGACUGCGUACACAAAAAGAUAAUAACCAGCAAUGUACAUUAAACACAAGCCCCCACAUAAUAAAAAUAAUAAUAAAAAUGUUUCUUGUAAGUUGUUCAAAGAAAAUAAAACAUAUGAAAGACGA